AUGGCAGACUUUGAUUCAGAAUAUUCCAGAUUUGGAUCAGAGUUUGGUAGCAGCUUUUCUGAGAAGAGCAUACGAAUGGCCUUCAUCAGGAAGGUGUAUGCUAUUCUUAUGGUACAGCUGGCAAUUACUGUUGGAUUCAUUUGUCUCUUUCUUUAUAAUGAACCUGUCAAAUUAUAUACCACAGAACACCCUGAAAUGAUGAUUAUAGGUUUUGUUCUCAUCAUUGUAUUAAUGAUAGCAAUGGCUUGCUGUGAUAAUGUCAGACGUACUUUUCCCUUGAAUUUCAUUUGCCUUUUCUUAUUUACAAUUGUGGAGUCUUUUCUCCUUGGAGUUGCAUCUAGUGUUUACGAAGCUAAUGAAGUCAUGUGGGCUGCUGGAAUAUGUACUUUCAUCUGCCUUGGCCUCACAGCAUUUGCUUUCCAAACAAAAUACGAUUUCACUAUGAUGGGAGGCAUGUUUUUUGUAACUUUACUAGUAUUUGUUUGUUUUGGAUUUUUGGUCAUCUUUAUACCCGGUCAAGCCGUAAGGUUGGUUUACGCAUGUAUUGGAGCUCUGAUUUUUUCUAUGUAUCUGGUAUACGACACUCAGCUACUGAUUGGUGGUCAUCAUAAGUAUUCCAUUUCUCCAGAAGAAUACAUUUUUGCUGCUUUGAAUCUGUAUUUGGAUAUAAUUAACCUAUUCAUUUACAUUCUUCAGAUUAUGGGAUCUAGGAAUUAAUUUUUGUGCAUACACUUUCAGUGUGCUGUUGAGAUUGCUUUUUGUGCUCAAUGAUAUUAGCAGACAUGUUGCAAACUUUGUAUAAGAAAUUGAAAAUCAUGAAUCAGAUGUUAAAAAUUUGCUGUAAAAAUUAAUAAAAUAGUAUAUAUUUUCAAAUUAAUUAUGUUGUGUUCAAGUAUCUAUAAUCAAGUUUUAAACAUUUGCAAAAAUUUUGUUACUUAAACAUUGUGUCAAUUAUUCUUCUUCUAUCUUUUCUUGUAAUUCUAUGAAAAUAUAUGUACUUUACUAUAUAUAUAUAUAUUGUAUCUGCAUUAAUGUUUAUGCAAAUUAUACUAUUUCAAAAAAUCCCAGUUUCUCUUUCCUUUAUAAAGUGUCAUGGAGAAAAACAUGCCCCUCUUUUUUUCCCCCUUCAAAAAAAAAAAAAAAAGAUUACCAUCAAUUUCUUCUGUAUAGUUAUUUCUGGUUAUAUAAACCACUUUGUCUCUCCCUUCCCAUGUUUCUCUAAAGUAAAGACUGUCAUUGCCUCUAGCCAUUUAUCUUACUUCAUUUAAAAUUGUGUGUUAUAUAAUAAUUAAAGUGACAUUCAGUAAGACAAAAUAUUUAAGAGUUAAAAUAUUUGCAUUUUUUCAGACAGUUUUUGUUAGUUAAGUACGUUGUGCUGCAAAAAAUGUCUUGAAGUAGAUAAACUUACUUUGAGCAAAAACUCGAAUAACCUGUAAUUAAUAUGUUAAUUAUAUGUGUUCAGUUUAUUAAAGUUUUUAACAUGUUGUGGAAAAAAGAAAUUUAUUUGGCAGAAUUUAAAAUGUAUAGAUGGUCAUCAUCAUAAUGAAUGAGGUGCAUUCCAAAUUACAGUUCAUAUCAUUUUACUAGGUUUAUUAUGCAUACCUCCUAACAAUAUUCAUGAGGUAAGAGCUAUAAAUACUAUCAAAUAAAGUACUAAAUACUAAAACAAGUAAAUAAUGUAUUUUAAAUGUAAUACAUCAUAAACAAACAGAGAAUUAUUUUAUUAUAGAAUAUAUAACUUGGUACAUUCUUUCAGAACAGGUUUCUUCAACUUUCUGCUCAAGUUUGUAGAUUAGGGAGCAUUUGUAUAUGGGUUGUUUUAAUAAUUUAAAAUGCUUUUAAAUGGGUUAAAAUAUGUAUUCAUUCUAUUCUGUCUUAUUAUUCAUUCCGUUCAGACAGUAUUCUGAAAACUUGCAGUUUAAUUGUUAACGUAGUUGUACAAAAUUUAAUAAUUUGUGCAGUUAACUGUAUAAACUUAUAUUUCGAAGUGUUUGCUUUACAGACUAUAUAUUUAGUUAUAUUGUUUCUUAUUUGCUUUUAAUGAUUCUUUUAUUUUGAAGUAUUGCUAUUUUAAAGCAUUAUUAAUACUAUUAUUAAUAUUUAUAUAUCAGGUCAGGUGCUAUAAGAAAUGCCAUUAUACAAAUGUUUUUUUAAGUAGUUUGUAACUUAAAUAUAAUUUUAUUGUAGUGAAUUAUAUAAAUUACACCAAAGUAAUCUCCUCUGUAUCUAUUCAUUUUAAUGUAAAAAAUAGGUGUGAAAAGUUGUUUUACUUGUUCUCUAUAAUAUUAACUACUCAAAUUUUAGCAAAAAUAAUUAAAUUAAAAGUUUGGUAAUGUAUAACAAACAUAAAGCUGUUGAUAUCAAAAAUUCUUUAAUGACACUGUGGAAUCAGAAAUUGCAAUCCUUUUAAUGAAGCAUUUAGUUGUCAGUCUAUCGCUGUUUGUUUAAGAAAGUGUACUAGGAAUAAAAAAAAUCUCAGUAAUCUUACUUGUUAGGAAAAAAAGAAAAGAGAUAUAAUUGCGUACUUAAGCUAAGUCUGAAGUUAUUACCUCAUCCUUGAAUCAGUAAUAAUAUAAGCAGAAUGCUUUGUUAUUUUGUAAAAUAUUAAUUGUUCAUUAGUCAAAAUAAUAAGUGCCAAAGUAAUCUCAGCUUGCAUCUGAAAAAUUAAAAUUGGAAAUUUAUACAUAAAAGGCUGAUAAUGUGAUAAAAUACUGAUGUGAACAUUGGAAUAAAUGAUGUUCAGUAUAUGUAGAGUUCCUUAAAUUUGUAUUUCUCAGUGGUCUCUUUAAUUUUGUGCAGUUCAGGAUACAAAGCUUUCAUUUUAAUGAGGUAAAAAUUACGUAGUUUUGUAGCAUUACAAAAAGUAGUUGAAAAACAUACACUACAAAAAACCAGUUUACAAAAGAAAGUAGUAAAUUGGUCUGAUAUAUUUGCUUUAAUAAGCACAAAAGUAGGUGUUAAAAUGAUGUAGUGCUUGAACCUUUGCAAUUAUGUUAAAAUAAAUAUAUACAAUUCUAAGUAUUUAAAAAUAUGUACAAUUCUAAGCAGAUUCAUUAGAGAAAUUGCUCUUAAGAAAUUAUGCAUGAUACCACAAUAAUUUAUAUAUGCUAGAUGGAUUAAACAUAAUGUAUGCUGAAGAAUUUCCUGCAGAUUAUUAGCAAAAAAAAAAUAAUAAAAGCUAUAUAAUAAGUAUUUAACUCAAUGAAGUACUACACAGUAAACUUAUCUUAAAAGAAAUUUUUUGGGGUACUUGAAAGUUUUAUUGUAUUCAGUUUUUAAAAUUUAAUCUCUCAUAUUCAAAAUUAUAAAACACAUGCAUCAUUAUAACAAUUUGUAUCAAAAAAUAGCGUAUGCAUUUAUCUUGCAAAAUUUUUUAAUAUAAAAUUUGCUACAUUCGUACAAAUAAUAAAAUUUAAAAAAAAGUUCUGUUUCAUAAUUUGGGUUUUGAGGUGCACAUGCUUAGUUAAUAAAUAUAUGUAUUAAAAAUUUGGUAGCUCUAGGUGCCACCAUCUUUUUACAGUGUGACAAUCUCUCAUACUUAGUAAGCGGAUUCUUCAUUUUAUAUGCACCAGGCAACAAAAUUUAGGAUUCACUACAUUAGCAAAGUCUAGUGCCUGCCCUGGUCUUUAAAAAGAUCUACCCUAAAGAUCAAAAAUAGAAUUCUACUGAUAUUUAGCUGAUAGCUGUUGAUCUGCAUUUGAAACCUUACUGUAUUAUUAAAAUUAAUUAAAAUGUUCAGGAAAGUAUUUUAAUGGCUGAAAAGGAUCAAAUUUAGCUUGAAAAAAGUACUAAAUACGUAAACACAAACCAAGGUUUAGGAAAGUGAGCUGCAGCAAAUCCACUGUUUAUAAUCUUGUAAAUGUUGUAGGGAUUGGUAGGUAAAAGAGGCAGGCCUCCUUAGUAAAAAAAUGUUAUUUUUGAUCUGUAAUGAAAUCUUUUAAGCAACUUCCCAGCUGAAAAAUAUUGAAGUUGCUUAGAAUUAGUUUUUGUAACUAGUAAUGUGUUUUUAAUUGUAGGUGUUUCAUUUCUGUACUUUGAAUGUUAUUAAGUACUUUGAGAUGUAGAUUGUAUUUGUAACAAUUAAAUGUUGUUUUUCAAAAUUA